CCAACUUUUCCCAGUCCCGUCUCCAUGGCAACAGCGCCUCAUCCUCCUCUUCAGCCACUAAGGGCGACAUUUAGCCAGGCUGCUCCUUCUUCCCCCUUCCAGCCAGCCACCUUCCUACCCCCUCCUCUGGUCUCAUCAGCAACGAGCAGGCAGAACAAGGGCACAACGAGAGCCUUGGUUGCACCCGCUGUGCGUCAGCCGCUCCACAUCCAAGGAUCUUCAGGAUCUACCGUUUUGCGCCCAGUCUCUGAAAUCCCAGAUAAAUUCAGACCCGUCUUCAGCGAGUUCCCCAUUUUUAACUACGUCCAGUCUAAGGCCCUAGAUGACAUUCUUUACACAGACAAGAACUUUGUGGCAUGCGCUCCUACCGGAUCUGGUAAAACUGUGCUGUUUGAACUGGCCAUCAUCCACAUGUUAAUGGAGACCUCAGAGCCUUGGAGAGGCGUCAAAGCUGUAUACAUGGCCCCCAUCAAAGCUCUCUGCAGUCAGUGCUUUGAGAACUGGACCAAGAAGUUUGGUCCUCUGGGGCUAAGCUGCAAGGAGCUGACAGGCGACACCGAGAUUGACGACUUAUUUGAAAUUAUGAACGCCCAUAUCAUCUUGACCACUCCAGAAAAAUGGGACAGCACGACAAGAAAGUGGAAGCACAACUCUCUGCUGCAGUUGGUCAGACUCUUCCUUAUAGAUGAGGUUCAUGUAGUGAAGGAUGCAACCCGUGGUGCCACUCUCGAAGUGGUAGUUAGCAGGAUGAAGGCUAUCCACACCUUCAGAACAAUCCAGAGUCACGACGCGGGCGUCUCGAUGAGGUUCGUGGCUGUGUCGGCCACCGUACCUAAUAUUUCCGAUAUUGCCGACUGGUUGUCCAGCGAGAAGGGUCCGGCUACCUAUCUGGCGUUGGGUGAGAUCCACCGCCCGGUGAAACUGAAGAAAGUGGUGCUCGGAUUCCCUUGUACCCCAAACCAAACAGAGUUCAAGUUCGACUUGUCUCUCAAUUACAAGAUGGCCAAAAUCAUACAGACCUACUCCGACCAGAAGCCUGCUUUAGUGUUUUGCUCCACCAGAAAAGGAACCCAGCAGUCAGCUGCUGUUCUGGCAAAGGAUACACGCUUUAUUAUGACCGCGGAACACAAGCAAAGGUUGAUGGAAUACGCACAGUCCAUUUUGGAUUCACAAUUAAAAGAGCUGGUGAGAGUGGGAGUCGGUUUCCACCACGCUGGAGUUGACGCAUCAGACAGAAAAUUGAUCGAAAAGGCCUUCGCUCUCGGAGACCUGCCUGUCCUUUUUACUACGCGCACUCUGGCCAUGGGAGUGAACAUGCCUGCUCACUUGGUGGUGAUCAAGUCCACCAUGCAGUAUGUUGCAGGCUCCUGUGAGGAGUACAGUGAUUCGGACCUGCUGCAGAUGAUUGGCCGGGCUGGAAGGCCUCAGUUUGACACAUCUGCCACAGCAGUGAUCAUGACCAAAAUGCAAACCAGAGACAAGCUUAUGAAACUCAUGAAUGGGAUGGAGAUUAUCGAAAGCAGUUUGCACACUCACCUGGUAGAGCACCUGAACGCCGAGAUCGUUCUCCAAACCAUCAGCGACGUCAACAUGGCUCUGGACUGGAUACGUUCCACCUUUCUCUACAUCCGAGCGCUGAAGAACCCACAACACUAUGGAUUCUCUGCUAACAUAGACAGAUGUGGAAUUGAAGCAAAACUUCAAGAACUGUGUCUGAAGAACCUCAACUCUCUGUCUUCUAUCAACCUGAUCACUAUGGAUGAAGACAUCAAUAUUAAACCUACAGAGGCUGGCAGGUUGAUGGCAAGGUACUGCGUUGCCUUUGAUACCAUGCUGCAGUACAGCAAAGUAUCUGGCACAGAAAACCUCUCGGACGUGAUUAAGCUGGUGUCGAAGAGCAAAGAGUUCAGUGACAUUCAGCUGAGGGUGACUGAGAAGAGGUCCUUGAAUACCUUGAACUUGGACAAGAACAGAACGACCAUCAGGUUUCCGAUGGAAGGAAAGAUCAAAAGCAAUGACAUGAAAGUGAACUGCUUGAUUCAAGCUCAGCUGGGGUCCAUCUCAAUUCAAGACUUUGGCCUCACACAGGAUACAGCAAGAAUAUUCAGGAUCGGGAUGCGCAUCAGCAAGUGCCUUUCUGAAUACCUGAGUCAGCAUUCCAAAAUGGGUUUCAGUAUUCUGCUCAACUCUCUGAUCCUGGCCAAAUGUUUCAGAGCAAAACUUUGGGAGAACUCUCCGUAUGUCUCCAAACAGGUUGACAAGAUAGGCCAAACGCUGUCAACUGCUAUGGUGAAUGCCGGACUCACCACGUUCAGCAAGAUUGAGCAAACCAACCCGAGGGAGAUUGAAAUGAUUCUCAAUAGACACCCACCAUUUGGAAACCAAAUCAAGGAAUUUGUCCUGCACCUUCCCAAGUACGAGGUCACCUUGGAGCAGCUGGCAAGAUACAGCUGCAGUAUGGCAGAGAUUCUCGUCAAGGUUGGCCUCAAAAACCGAGAAGUGCUGCUGAGCAAGAGAACGGCUCCGGACAGUCACUAUGUUUCUCUGGUCAUUGGAGACUCUGACAACAAUUGCGUCUUCCAGCAGAAAUUCACUGACCUGUUGCUGUUGAAGUGCAGCACCUGGUCAAAGAAAAUUGAAGUGACAAAGGCCUCAACGGGAGAUGAGAUCAGUGUUAAUCUCAUCAGUUCGGAAUAUGUUGGCCUAGACAUCCAGCAGAAGUUCAACGUGUUCUACUCGGGAAAACACAGGUCUGAGACGGCGCCUCUAAAGGGAAACAUAACAUCUAGGGAGCAAGGCAAUAAAAGACAGUGCAACCAUCUCUGCAAGAAUAAGGAGCAAUGCGGCCAUGAGUGUUGUAAAACCGGUGUAACUGUGGUCCGGAAGAAGCCGGCAGCCAAAGCUCAUUGUUUUUCAUCAUAUCUGAGCGAUCUGAGAAGAAAAUGUGACACACUUCCACCCACUCCAGUCAAGCGACUCAAGGUGAAAAUGAAGGAGGACUAUUCGAGUGUCAACACGCAGCAGUUUUUAUACAAGGCUAAGCAACGACACACCAGCGAUGACGGAUACCAGCAAAGUGCAAUGAUGGAUCUGAGCGCAGGCAGUUCCUCGCAGUAUGCGCACCAUAUGGACGACUUUGACAACGAUGAUGCCGUAUUUAUGGACAUGCACAAAACAAUGGAGAAGCCAGCCCAAGCUAAUAUCCCACCCCGUACCCAGCAAGCUUCCGUUGGGGGGAGGAAUGCCGAAUCACAUGUUGCUAGACCCUGGCAAGGGUCGAACCUAAACACUCGCAGCAACGAUGAGACAUUGUCCCAAAUACCAAGUGUCAGCUUUGACCUCGGAAAUGAUUGGGAUGACUGGAGCGACUUUGGCGAUGACAUUGCGGUUGACACGUCUCUGACUCAAGCUCAGUCACCUAAAUGCAACAAAUCAGCUCAUGUGGCUAAAUCACCAUGCCGCCCCUCUGCCAUUGCACUGAGAUCAAUUUCCCAAAACAAACUCAACAUUCCUGAGCCCUCUCCUUUUAUUGCUGGACAGCUGAAUCAAACAAAGAAUCCAGGAAUGUUCAGUGCUGGGAUCGCAACAAAGUCACCAGAUAGAAAAACAACUUCAAACAUUGCAGCCCCACCUCCUCAAAUAUUCAAAUUCUUCUCACCAAUGGCUGACUGGUAA